GCUUUUUUUCCUUGGCCGUAAGGGGCGUUUGUUAGAUCAUAGAGACCAGUAGGUAGGUAGAGCGCCGAUGACGAAGAAUCAUAGACCCAGGGCGUCUUAGCUAGGGCUCCUCCCCUUUGUCGGCAAUCAUCGAAGACCGCCUUCGGGGGAAGGCCUCCAAGAUCAGCGCCCCCUGUGGCGGCAGGGUGCGAGGGCAUGGUGCCGGGUAGCACCUCCGCUCCUCAAAUCCAAAGCAGGCGCCGGUGGUGGGGAUGAACUGAGCGCGCCAAGGGGGCGCAAGAAGAAACAGAAGCAGAUGCCCUUAUACCAGCUGGCAACUGGAUCGCGUCCCUAUCGAGAUGGGAUUACAGCAGGCUGAGAUGUCUUUCAUUAGAAAUUAAAAAUGGAACUAGGGAAAGGAAAACUGCUGAGAACAGGCCUUAAUGCCUUAUAUCGGGCCAUACAUCCUGUGCAUGGGAUUGCCUGGACAGAUGGGAAGCAAGUGAUACUGACUUCUUUAUACCAACAUAAUGGAGAACCAAAAUUUGGCAACUCAAAUGUUGUUGGUCAGUUUGAACAUGUUCAUGGCCUUUACUGGGGUCCAUCUUGUGCGCCAGAUGUUCCUGCACUUCUUGCCAUUCAGCAUAAAAAACACAUCACCAUGUGGCAGCUAUGUUACAGUGUCUCUGAAAAAAACAAACUUAUGGUUUAUCAGAUUAGUGAAAUUGGUGAACUGUUUCCUAUACUUCCUCAGGGUUGCGUAUGGCACCCCAAAAAGGAAAUCUUGGCUGUUCUUACGACACGAGACACUUCCGUACUGCACUCAGUUCGCCUCAACAACUCCAGGAUAAAAGCAGAUAUUAAAGGCACUGGUCUCAUCCACUGUGCCUGUUGGACUGGGGAAGGAAACCGCUUGGUGGUUGGGAUAGGCAGUGCCCUCCAUUCCUAUGUCUGGGAUGAUGAUCAGAAAACUUUAAAUGCAUGCUCUUUUUGUCCAAUAUUUGAUGUGGGAGGCUAUAUCUGUGCUAUUGAAGCAACUCUGAAUUCCCAAGUGGCUGUUGCUACUGAACUUCCACUAGAUAAGAUAUGUAGCUUAAAUGCAGGCAUUGCUUUUGAAAUUCCAACUGAGGUUGUAGGAAAUUCUGUUCCUUCUCAGACUACUUCAUCAGGCUGUGAAGAAUCUAUAGAUGUUGGGAAAAAGUUACCUGAUCAAGAAAACUCAGUGCCAGUUGUAACCUCUGCAUCUUCACCUGAGGAUCUAACUCAUAUUCCUUCAGGCAAACCAAAAUCUGAUAACAAUCCUCUAAUUCAUCUAAGACCCAAGGACUACCUAACAGGAAGUGGCCAUGAUGCUUCACACUUGAUCUUGGUGACUUUUGAAAGAAAAGCGACGGCUACCAAAAAAGUCAGUAUCCCAGGGAUUCUAGUCCCAGAUAUAAUAAGUUUUGAUCUAAAAACUCAGACCGUAGUAGUAGCCUCCAACACUUGCAAUAUCAUUUUAGCCUAUUCUUUAACUUCACCUCACUUACCUAACAUCCAACAAAUUCAACUUGAUAAAAGUGAGAGGCCAAAGGGAUUAUGUUUUCUAACAGAUAAACUAUUGCUAAUAUUAGUUGGAAAGCAGAAAUUAACAGACCCUGCUUUUCUUCCAUCCUCCCGAUCUGACAAGUACAUUCUCCGUUUGAUGAUCAAAGAAAUUGUAUAUGAAGAGGGUUCCACUGCAUUUUCGGGGGCCUCUCAGGUUUGCUUUACAAGUGUCCCUGUGAAAAGAGAAGCCUCUGAAGUGCACCUUUCAGACCCUCGUCCUCUGAGUGAUGGGUUGGUGUUGCCAGGCUCCAUAUUAAUACAGUCUCCUAGAAAUGGAAGAAAACUGAUAGAAGAAAUUCAGAGCCCUGCUAAUGACCAAAGCCCGUUGAUGAGUGUGGCUGACUUUAAGGAAAAGAGGACUUCCAGGGAUUUCCCCCGAGUCCUGGAAAUGGAUGCAGAAUCAACAAAUCAUUCACUGGCUCUUCAAGGACUUGAAACAUCUCCAGGAUUGUCCAACAUUCCAGCUUCACCAAACAAGCAAGAAUACAGUUCUACUGAGACUUCAAACUCUUCAAAAGCUAACUUCUUGAGAAGUGAAAAAGAAGUCAAUUAUAUCUCUAAACAUCUGGAAAGGCUGUGCAACAGUUUUACAGAAUUGCAGCAUCAGCUUUUUGAACUAACGGAACUUCUGAAAUCUGGGAGAAAAACUCUGUCAGGGUAUCCAUCUGCUCGUGAGCCCUCUUUUGUUAACAUCACCUACCAGAAGGAUUCUUCUGGAAUUGUUGCACCUGAAAAGCGAUCUGUUGUCCUCUGUGAUGGUAAGCUUCGUUUGAGUGUGGUUCAGCAGAUUUUCAACCUCUGUCUUGUUGAAAUGCAACAUGAUUUGUCCUGGAUUGUUCUCACUGCAGACAACGAAGGUUAUGUGCCAUUAACAUUCGAUACCAUGCAGGAAAUUGUCAUAAGAGAUGCUAAUGCCAGCUGUAGUUACAGUGGCAGCACUUCCUCCAAAACGCUGGAUGUUGUCAGUUCUACAGAUGGAUACACGAAGCUUUCCUCCCAAAGCUUGGAUCUCACCACCAGUUCUACAGAAGUACUGAGAGAACAUUCUUCCCGGAGUCUAGGGAGCAACACUUCCUCUGACCAAGCCAGCAUGUCAUAACUGAGUUAAAGUUGUUCAGCCAGGACAGUUUGUUAGUUGCCACUUUGGACUCAAAUCUUUCAUUGUGCAUAAUUAAAGCUGUGUUUUCACUGUAUUUUUUGCGUUUA